ACCUAACCUAUCGUUAUUUCCGACAUCUUUUCAAGCAGUUGCGACAUCUCUCGAUUUCUUCUCUUCGAACGCGCCAUUCAACAAGUUAUUUGACAACUAACGGUUAGAUAAAAUAAUUGAUGGAAUGGAUAACGACAGUGAGGUAGCGUCAUCGGUUUCAACAGAUGACUCAGUUUUUAUAGCCAGCGAAUCAACUGCUACAAAAUGCCAUGAGAGAGAUACAUUAGCUGAGGAAGUCUCUCUGCUUCAACACUUGCAAAGGGCCAUCUCUGAGACAACGGAGGAAAACGUCGCAUACACAAAGGAGAUGGCGACUUUAUUGGAUAAGUUGAAUCUCAAUGUCAAGACAUUGCCCACUGACAUAAAGGAAGGUUUGGAGAAGUUGUCUUCGAUCCUAAGAACCGAGAAGCUAUUCGAAUUCGACGAGACUGCUUUGCGCGUGAUGAGAGAGCGGAAGAUCAUAGAAGAAAAGAGGCGCCAGCGAGAAGAGAAGCAGUUGUCCAUGAAGUAUGACGAACUGUUUAGAAAUUGCACAAGACUGCAGAACAAGCUCGACUAUCUUCAGGAUGCGGUUGAUUCUCUCCAGAACACUAUUGACACUACACAAGAGGACAAGAAUAAUAUGUAUUGUAACAACGUUUUCUUAUCCACCAAAUUGAAAGAGUACCAGCAGGCUGUGGAGAAACUGGAAGCAGAUUUAAGCGAUAUGCAAGUUGAUGAACUGUAUUCGGAGAAAAUAUUGAAUAAGUAUAAACUAUACUUCGAAAAGACGAGUAGAUUGGCGGAGCUUAACCAAUCGCUCGCUCAAUACGGCGAUUUACCACCCAACUUGCUACAGGCUAAAUUACUGGUGGAGAACAAGAGGAAAGAGUAUGCGAACUUGGAACAGAUGUUUUUGGAAAAGACUCAGUAAACAGAAUUCAGCAAACAAGAUGACAUCAAAUAAUAUCUUAAUAGUGUCUAAGAAAUCAUUGAAAUGUCACUUUGUUUGUUGAGAUUUCAAUUUCAAACUACUUUCAACUGAAUAACUCAACUCAAUAUAUUUCAGUAUUUGCAAUAUUAUUUUUCGUAUAGAUGUCAUUAAUUUACCUUAAAAAUAAAAGAUUUAUAUGUGCACAUAUAUUU